AUGUCUAUCUCUACAGGAACCUGGCAAGACUCCACAGCAGACUCGAGCAAGCCUGCUUCCAACGUGACGCGAUUCAGCAGAGCCUUAAACCCCAUUGCGAUUGUCGAGAGAGAUGGUCAGAAACACGAAAUCCCCCAGAUUGUUUACUAUCAAAAAGGUGUCGGGACUGGCCUGGGAGAUAAAUACUGGGGUGGCGUAGCAGGAUUAGGCCUAAGCGCCAAUGUCCGCGCAGCAUACGGCUUCCUAGUCGACAACUACAACGAAGGCGACAAGAUCUACUUCUUUGGCUUCUCACGCGGCGCAUAUACGGCACGCGCCGUAGCAGGUCUAGUCUGCGAAUGGGGUCUCCUAACGCGACGCGGCAUGGACAACUUCCCGACCGUGUACGACGACUUCUACCAAAAGAAAGCUGACGAUUAUACGCCCGAGCAGCGACGAGCACUUGGCUUCCGAGAUCCACUGCCUCCGUUCACUGUGGAGAUCAUCGGAGUCUGGGACACGGUCGCCUUCCACCAGACCUGGUUAGGGGCUUGCGUGGGUGAGAAGCUCGAGUUCCGGAAUACGAUUCUCUCCGAGAAUGUAAAGUAUGCGUUUCAUGCGUUGGCGCUCGAUGAGGAGCGAACGGCGUACCAGCCGACAUUAUGGAAUCUUCCAAACAAGAGCCACGGACAGGAACUGUUGCAGGUUUGGUUCUCGGGGGUGCAUACGGAUGUUGGGGGUGGGGGGGAUGAUCCGCGACUGUCGAAUAUUCCGUUGGCGUGGAUGAUCGCGCAGUGUAUGAAGGAUGAGCAGUUGAGUUUUGAUAUUGAGGGCUAUUUGUUUGAUUUGCCUCCCUGCCCGCUGGAGAAGGAGAUUGCCCCGUGGGCGACAAGUUUGGGUAAGACGACGCAGUGGAGUUUCACACGGUCUCUGGAGGGGAUUCUGGGUGGUCUUUCGAAACGGACACCGCUUGCUUAUAAGCCGGUUGAUUCGGGGAUCACUAAUGAGACGAUUCAUACAUCGAUUGGUGAUCGGAACUUGGCUGGCGCGGAUAAAUGGCCUUGUUCUGCGUUGAAAGCACGGCAGGAUCCGGAUCGUUGGAUACUGGCGGAUGGUCGAGUCAUUGUGGAAACGCCGUUAUUGAAAAUGGAGGACUAUAUGAAAGGACGGAUUCGGACUGUGCAUGUUGAUCAGCAGGACUAG